UCCUCCUCCGCUGAGGAGGCCCUUAUUUGAAGAAGAUAUAAAGAUCCAAUGGAUACUAUGAGUCCUGUCCUGUACAUCAAUGCCCUUUGGGAACGUACUUAUCAAUACAGCUGUAACAAUGUCAAUGAGGAUAGCUAAUUAUGCUCAGAUAUAACGAUAGCAAACAAAGUCUCAUAAUAGUACACUGUAGUUCAUGGCGAUUCACCUGCAGGUCGAGCACCCCUCUCGUUGCCUCAGGCAUAAAAACGAUAGCUCCAUUUCGGGUCUAGCGCCACCAGCUCCGAGGCCAUCCCCAAGAUCCAGACUCCCUUAUCUCAAAGACCACUUCAACUGCACAACACCAUUACUUCCACGUGCUGGAAAAUGUCCUACGCCGUUGAAACGAAGAAGCGCAAGUUUCAUCGGGUUCUCGAGUCUCUAACCAAACCUACAACCUCCGAGUCCACAAAAUCAGCUACCGCCGAAGCGCCUGCAACCAUUCGAGACGCAUCGAACAAAAAAGCCCGUCUAGAUGCGCCCGGCUUCUCACUUGCACAAAACUCACUUCUAAAGGUCGCACGCCCUAGCUCCAGAGAUUCGUCGUCAUCGUCAACCUCGCGGCCCAGCUUUGUUCCUUGGGAUCGCGAACGUUUCCUCGAGCGAUUGGAAACCUUUCGUCGCGUCGACCGAUGGGCACCCAAACCGUCAGCAAUAAGCGAGGUGGAAUGGGCUAAGCGCGGCUGGAUAUGUACAGAUGUGGCCCGGGUAACAUGUGCUGGGAAUUGUGGUGGGUCGGUUGUGGUCAAGCUCCCGGAUGAGCUGGAUGAGUUGGAUGGGUUUGAUGCUGAAAAGGUGCAAGAGAGGAAGGAAGUUCGAGCCAAACUUGUGGACGAAUACGCGGAAAGGCUGGUCAAGGGGCACGGGGAGACUUGUCCGUGGAGGAACAAGGGCUGUGAUGCUACUAUCCAUCGAUUGCCGCUAGCAAACCCCGAAAUAGCUAUCUCCGGCCUAGAAAAACGAUACUCAAACCUCGUGAAGAUGGCCGAUCAAUUGCCGGCCACAGACGUCAUCCAAACGCCUAAGUCCUUCGAUCUCGACACGCUCAUUAAGAUACUUCCAGCAAGCUUCAACGGGUCCGACGAAAGUACGCGCACGCAGAGCAUUGAGAGCAAUACUGAGGGUGAAGAUGGGAAAGAGAACGCGCAGAACUCUGAGCCUGAGCCAUCUGUUCUCAAGAACGCCUUCAUACUAGCAUUCUUCGGCUGGGACUCAGUCCCCGACGGGACAGCUGGUCUGGUCGGCUGUAGCGUGUGUUUCCGGAGAUUGGGCCUGUGGAUGUACAAACCAAAGCCCAACGGCGAUGAAGCUCUUUACGACUCAUUGGAAGUGUUGAAUGAGCACAUGGAUUAUUGUCCUUGGGUGAACGGAAAGGCUCAGAGCGGAACGGGACGGGCCACCGAGAAAUCAGAGGGCCUACGUUGUGGCUGGGAGCUGCUGGGCCAGGCGCUCAAUGUGCGCCAUCGUCGACUGAAUCGUUCGACCAUCUCGGGAGACAGUCGUGCUGUCUCUGAGGUACCAUCCACGGAUGAGCUUGUGGCGGACGAUAUCAACCCCGAGGUUAAAAAGGCCAGUGACCGGGAAUGGUGGGCCAAGUUACGCCGCAUGCGACAGGUUUUGAACGUCGGUUCGCCUAGAAAGAAGCCGGCCACGAAGUGAUAUUCUCAUUAUAUUGUUUUUUCUGCACAUGAUACUCCUCAUCUGGUUGUUAAUGCAGCGUGGCGUUCGGGCAUUCUCAUAUCUAUCUUCUCGAUAUCCUCAUUCCUACAUUAGUUAUGCUAUAGCGAGCCUUUUCCUACGCCUCGAUAACUUAGAAUACAUCAUACUAAAUCAAGAACGAAAGGAGAGCAGAAGUUAUCAUUUACUCAACGCAUUGCUUUGAAGCCAGAUGCUCAAUCCACCAAUCGUAAGUAAGGUGAAGAUUAUAAGCACCCAUUGCGCCUGCCCUCUCUUUCCCUUCCGCUUGUACAUCUCCCAGCCCGGUCCUGAGCGGCCUGGCAAAGGCAGAAAAGUAAC